AUGGAGUUGUCGAAUACUCAAAAUGCACCAACAGAAUGGAUUGACUUUAUCAGUAAAACUAUGAAUUCAGGGGUAAACCCGCUAUUAGAUAGAACACCAAUAAAUGCAAUAUACCUUAGCUUUCGGUACAAAAAGUUCAACGCUCAUAUUGAAAGGGAUCUCACGGUACCAUCUGAAGAAUUUAGAAUGUCAAUAAUCCACGCCUUAAAAAAUCCAUACCCUCAUAAAGAAUUGAUGAAUACUUUUGUAAUGUAUGGUCACUUUGUACCACAGAAAGUCAUCAUAGGCCAUAAGUUAUAUAAAAUAUCAUGCAUAUAUGAUGAAAUCCGUCAUUCACUUAACGAGAUACUUGUCAAUAUUGAUGUGCCAUCCAAAAGAGAAAGUGAAAUCAGAGAUAGUUGUUGCGAGAAUAUUCUUCGCCAAUGGAAAAGUAUUGUAGAACCAUACGGAGUUGAUCAGAAUUACUUUAUAUCAACGUCUGGGGAAAUAAUUAAAGAAAGCAACAUCGAGGAGUGGAUACGUUCUUGCAAUUUAAAAACAUUACAAAUUAUUGGCUAUGAGGAUCUUCUUCCAUCGUAUGAAAUUUUAGAAGAACCUCUUCGUUAUCAAGUUAAAUCUAUUAUAGGGAUCGAAAAUGAUUCAUUUAUAGCUGCAUACAAUACUUUGACCGAGCCAAUUAUCCCCAAAAUCAAGGAGAGAGUUUUCAUGUCAGGCACCAUACCAUUAAAAAAUACAAACAAGUAUUAUCACGUGACUUUUACAAGAAAAUUAGAUAGCGAAAAUUAUCGGAUUUUAGGAAAACUUAAUCAUAAAAAUUUACAAGACGUAUCAAUAAAUCAACAACACAUUACUGUGAAAUUUAGAUCAUUAAGUGCUCAUGGAUUUUUAGCGCUAAUAGAACAUUUAGAAGACAGCAAUACGCAACUAGACUGGAUAGCUAUCGGAAUUCCUUCAGAAGUUGGCUGCUAUGAUCUACACACUCGCAAUAUUUUUAUAUUAAAUAUGGGCAUGAAAUCAAUCACUCCGAGAAUCCGUAAUCUUCGGACCAUGGAUCUGUUAUUGGAAGUCACACCUAACUUGCCGCCUAAUUCUUACCUUACCACCGUUUUCGAAUAUCCACCAUCUAACGAUGAACCAAAAUUGCGCACGGCUCUUGAAUCCUAUAAUGGAGACAAGCUUAACCUCAGAAUUAUUAACAAUGAAGAUUCAAAAACAGUUGAUUGCUGUGAAAGCGACUCAAAAGUUGUAUGGUACAUAUUGACUUUUCAUGAGGGAAAAAAUGUCGAAUUUGCUUCUGAAGAUUUCAUGAGAAAAAUAGGAGAAAAUAUUUAUAAAACAGGUUAG